AUGGAGCAAGAUUUGUUAAUAAUGCUUUCAGCCUUCCUAAUAUUGAUAGUUUUAGUUUCAGCUUUAUUACAAAGAUGGGCUUCUCCACGGGAAAUGGCGGCAAUACCGGGUAGGCUGGGUUGGCCUAUUGUCGGGGAGACUUUCUCGUUUAUAACCGAGUUUUCAAGUGCUGCAGGCAUACAUAGCUUCAUCAGAAAGAGACAGCAGAGGUAUGGGAAAGUAUUCAAGACUUCAGUCUUGGGGAGACUUACUGUCUUCAUGACUGGUAGUGAGGCGAGUAAGAUUUUGUUAACCGGAAAAGAUGGGAUGGUGAGCUUAAAUUUGUCCUAUGCAGGAAGGCAGGUUCUUGGUCCUACUAGUUUACUGCAUCAAAAUGGAGAAGCACACAAACGGCUCCGCAGGUUGAUUGCUGAACCCCUCUCAAUCAAUGGCCUCAAGAAGUAUUUCCAGUUCAUCGAUAAUUUGGCCAUUGAUACACUGGACAAGUGGCAUGGACGAGAAAUCCUGGUUCUUGAAGAGGCUUCUACAUUCUCCCUCAAGGUGAUCAGCAAUAUGAUAAUGAGCUUGGAACCCGCUGGUGAAGAGCAGGAGAAAUUCCGUGCCAAUUUCAAAGUCAUGUCUUCGUCAUUUUCUGCUCUCCCCCUGAAAAUUCCUGGAACUGCCUUUUACCGUGGUAUUCAGGCUCGGAACAGGAUGUAUGCAAUGUUAGACUCAAUCAUUGCUCAGCGGAGAACUGGAGACAACUUCCAGCAAGAUUUCCUAGAAUCCUUAGUGAAUAAGUAUAACAAGCAUGGCUAUGGAGGAGAAGAUGAUGAUAAACUCACAGAUGCACAAUUGAAGGACAAUAUAUUGACCCUGCUAGUAGCUGGGCAUGAUACUACUACUGCUGCACUGACCUGGCUUGUAAAAUUCCUUGAACAAAACCCUGCUGCAUUGGAACGUCUACGAGAAGAGCAUAGGGAAAUCCAAGCUAGCAGAUCAGGUCUUACAUGGUCGGACAUCAACAACAUGCCUUACACAAACAAAGUAAUUAGCGAGACUCUUCGAAUAGCCACAAUUCUUCCUUGGUUUUCAAGAACAGCAGCAGAAGACUUCACAGUUGAUGGAUGUAAAAUCAAUAAGGGUUGGUCUGUCAACCUGGAUGUAGUGUCCAUUCAUCAUGACCCGAAGCUUUUUCCUGACCCUCAGAAGUUUGAUCCUUCAAGAUUUGAUGAGCCAUUGAAGCCUUUCAGUUUUCUUGGAUUUGGUAGUGGACCACGAAUGUGUCCCGGAAUUAACCUCGCCAAGAUAGAAAUUUGCAUUUUCAUUCAUCACCUUGUCUGCAGAUUCAAAUGGAAACCAUUGGAGAAAGACGACUCUGUGAUGCCAACACUAGUCCGGAUGCCAAGAAACAAGUAUCCAAUCAUGGUUGAACCACUGUAG